AUGCGACUGUGGCAAUGGUCAAUAGCCGUUGCCAUAUGUCUUGUGAUGGUUACAGAAGCUCGUCUCAGAAGACAUCACAGGAAACGACGAUUUGUAUCUAGUAAUUUUGAUGAAUUUUAUUGUGGAGAAAGUGCACAUGCUCAGUCACAGUUUGAAGAGGAGCGAGAAUCAAAUUCCUCAAAAGUCUCAUCAGUACACAGUACUCAAUUCAAUUGGGGACUUGAUAAUACAAUUUGUAUAAAACUCCAGAAUGUGGUUCAUGUUUUAAAAUACGAACGCCUCGAACAAAGAUAUCCUAUUGAAAACUCCUACACAUUUUCGGUUCCAUUAAUUGACACAAACUGUAAAUGUCAUUGUUAUGGUUUUGGGACAAAUGACGUUUGCAAUGUGGAAAAGUACGCUGACGACAGAAAUUGUACGACGAGCUCAGAGUUUCCUACAUGUUACACCAAAUAUCACCCAGCAGUUGAGCCACUAGAUUGUCCAGUUACAAGUAUUCCUGCCAAGGCAUGCUGCGACAUCAAGUUAAAACCACGCGAUGGCAGAAUGUUCCGAGCUGUGAAACUUCAGCAACCAAUCAAUGACAUGAUAAUUUCUCAUUCUAUUUUUGCAAACAACAGUGGAAAAAUGAUGAAAGUUCUGGGACCAGAUGAAUUUAGGAUAAAUCUUCUGAAAGGGAAGGAACAAUUUGAGUUAACUGAAUACCACAGAAUAUCCGUUCAAUUAGUUGCAUCUUCUCCUCAACAACAACUUCGCGAAGGGAUGUAUUAUUUUCCAGAGGAAAACCACAACGAUCUGCGUGAGGGUAAAAUUAAUGAAAUAACUGAAAGUGAUUUGGAUAAACUUGGAUGGUAUAGAAGAGUUGGAAAUGAUUGGCAAGUUGCUACAAGUGGAUUACUACUUAGAAAUGCACAUAAAGUGGUGAUAAAAAAUUGCAAAGGACAAGUUCAUAUGGAUCAAUUUUCCGGAACCAAAAACUUUGUUUUACGUGGAACUCAGUAUAACGAUACUUACAAUGAACGAAGAGUAUCUGACAAUAAUUUUGUAAGAAGUGUGAAAGUUGACGAGUCUUCUCGAGAAAUUACAAUUGUUCAUGAACAUGGAACCGCUGCACAAGUUUCUCUGAAAACUGACACUCGUCCAAAUCUAACAAAAAGUCAAUCACUUUUGGCAAACUUCACUGGAAGUAUCACGUUAGAUCAUGAUGGAAAUCGAAUGCUUAAUGUCACUUUCUUUGGCGUCAAAGGAACUGUUCAUAUCAAAAUGUAUGUCAACGAUCGAAAGCUCAUCGCGACUUUUGCAUGUACUGCUCAAUUUGGAACGUCUCUGAAAGAUGAUGGUAGUAGAAUAAGUCUUCCAUCGACUAUAAAUCAAGCUCAAUGGGUGUGUAUUCUUCCCGAUGAGCAGCCAACAAAAUCAGAAAUAUGCAAAUGGAUUCCAUAUGAGGAAAAAGCAAUGAGAACUCCGAGACAAGAACAAAGUUGGUCAAAAGGACAUUCACCGUGCUCACAAGCAGAAUGUAAUAGUCUGAAAAGUGGAGUGAGCGACUUGUUCCCAUGGAUUAUGAAUUUUGAUUAUUUUAUGGCUCAUGGUGGGGAUUUCACAGAGUGGCUAAAAAUUGGAAUCCAUAUAGUGAUAGCUGUUGGUCUCCUGUUAUUAUUAAUUCUUCUCUUCACAAAAUGCCUUGUUCCGUUGGCAUGUUGCUCCCUGUCAAUACCAUUUAAAAAUAGGAACAAAAAGAAGAAAAAGAAGAAUUCAUCUGAUUACUAAAAGCUCAUUCACACGGUGAAUCCUACUUACUUUCCUGCAUUUUUCUCAAUUGUUUCCGGCUUUUCCAUUUUCAAAAUGAUCUUCCACAGUUGUUUCUCUAUUAGAGACUCUUUGUUUCUUGCCCUUCAAUUAGUCAUGUUUUACUGGUAUUUUUCAUUGCUCACCUUUGAUUAAAAACGAUUUGGUGAUAAAUUGUAUUGACUUCAA